CGGGCGCGGACGCCAUCGGCGAUCGGCGGAGACGCAGGUGCGAUCCUUCUAGCCAGCUCCUUGUUCUGUGACUUCUUCCCCUCCUGUUGUCCUCAAUCACUCCAUCGUCAAAGGCUGAUACUCCUCGAUCAAAGGGCGCAUUUUUGGGAAGAUUACCUGCCUACAAUUGGUAGCCGAGCCCUUCUCUUCCGCUGCUGCAAUCGGGGCACAUACAAUGUCUCUAUCAAUCUUAUGCAGAAGAGUGGGUCUCAAAGAUCUUGUUUCAAAUGUUACCGUCUAUAGCGGUGCUAAUGAGGCAUCUGGAGGGCUGAGUUUGAUCUUUCGACGUUGGGCCACAAAAAAGACUGCAGGGUCCACAAAGAAUGGACGUGACUCACGGCCCAAAAACCUGGGUGUUAAGAAAUUUGGCGGAGAGAAGGUGAUUCCUGGCAACAUCAUAGUUCGUCAACGAGGCACGAGGUUCCAUCCUGGUGACUACGUUGGAAUGGGGAAGGAUCACACAUUAUUUGCGCUAAAAGAAGGUCAUGUUCGCUUCGAGCGCCAUAAGCUUAGCGGUCGGAAAUGGGUCCAUGUUGAUCCAAGCGAAGGUCAUGUUCUUCACCCCAUUUAUACAAAUGCUGGCCUUGAAGCUGAUGCAGAAAGUCGGUUGUGCUAGUGAAGCAUUUAAUCCAAGAGUAGUUGUUCACUCUUAGUCUUUGGAGAAGAGAUUGCUGAAAGAGCAGAAGUUAGAAAACUUUCUUUUAUCUGCCUGUAAUAACAUUGCUUUGCUUUCAGUAUGUUGACAAUAAGCAUCCUAUCCUAUCGGAUAGAUUAAUCAA